AACCAGAGGUGUCUGGGUAGUAAAGGGCUCCACAGCGUUGUAUGUGGCCGGGAGCGCUUGGCGCGCCUCCCUACCCCUCCCCCGGCUAAGAAGCGAAGCGUGGGAACGGGAUGGGGGAAACGCAGCCAGAGGACGAGCGGCGGCGGCGCGAGCAUUGAGCUGGCACCGGGGAAUCGCCACCCACCCACUCACUCACUCACACAGGCAGGCAACAGACGGAGUCUUCCCUUGCUAGCAGCAUGAAGCGUGCGCACCCGGAGUACAGCUCCUCCGACAGCGAGGAGCUGGAUGAGCCCAUCGAAGUAGAGAAGGAGAGCGCGGACGAGAAUGGAAACUUGAGUUCAGCUCCAGGGUCAAUGUCCCCAACCACCACUUCCCAGAUCCUGGCAAGGAAAAGACGCCGAGGAAUUAUUGAGAAGCGUCGUCGUGACCGGAUCAACAAUAGCCUGUCAGAACUGAGGAGGCUGGUGCCCAGUGCAUUUGAAAAGCAGGGAUCUGCCAAAUUGGAAAAGGCUGAAAUUCUGCAGAUGACUGUGGAUCAUCUGAAAAUGUUGCAUACUGCAGGAGGCAAAGGCUAUUUUGAUGCCCAUGCUCUGGCUAUGGACUAUCGGAGUCUAGGCUUUCGAGAGUGCUUGGCUGAAGUAGCCCGCUACCUUAGCAUUAUUGAGGGUCUGGACUCUUCUGAUCCUCUUCGUGUGCGCCUUGUGUCUCAUCUGAAUAAUUAUGCUUCUCAGCGGGAAGCAGCAAGUAGUUCGCACAACGGGCUUGGACACAUUCCUUGGGGCAGUGCCUUUGGACAUCACCAUCACAUCUCGCACCCCUUACUGCUGCCUCAGAAUGCGCACAGUACUACUAAUGGUGCAACGACAUCCACAGAAGCCCAUCACCAGAGCAGAAUUGCUGCCCCUCAUGCUGAAUCAUCUUCACUGAGAGUGCCCCCUAAUGGCAGCAUUGGACCAGUGCUUCCUGUUGUCACCUCAGCUUCUAAGCUCUCUCCUCCCUUGCUGUCUUCCAUGGCCUCCUUGUCCGCGUUCCCCUUUUCUUUCAGUUCGUUCCACCUGUUGUCCCCUAAUGCCCUCAGUUCGUCUGCACCAGCACAGUCAGCCAGCCUUGGCAAACCCUACAGACCAUGGGGAACUGAAAUUGGUGCCUUUUAAGAACUAGUGAAAGGCAGUGUAAAUAUCCAGCUGAGCUGGGGAGUUUCCAACUUCUGUUCUAAAACUCUUUAUUAGGUUGAGAUGAAAGGUACAGUUUCAGUUUUAACAAAGAUUUUACAAAAAGAGUGUUCUCCCCCUUUAAGCUCUGUACUAGUGAUCUCUUAAAAUAGUUGUUGAAAGUUUAUCCAAAUUUUUAAAUCACUCCAGAAGUUACUUUUGGAAUAGAAUUGUGCUGAAUAUUUCAUUUAUUUUUAAGUGGGUUUUUUUAAUGAUUCCAUUUUUCUGAGAACACUGGAUCUCUAUUUUUUAAAAAACGUAGAUUUGUUUUUAGCAACUUAUAACUUUUUUAGCUUUUCAAAACCACUUUUUGCAGCUGUAACACACCUAUUUGUUCUGUUAGUAUAUGUUCUGUAAGGAGAGAAUCAUUUAUAAACUUAUGUUCUGAUUUUUAUAUUUCUGAGCAAAAGCGUUGACAAAUCAUGUGGACCAAAAAAAAAUUGUGACUGCUGCAUCAAUUCAGUCUGCCUUAUGGGUUUGUUCUGUCCCCCAAGAGGGCUAUCCCAUUUCUGUGUCAAAUGGUGAUUCUUCUCCCUUACCCCAGUUUUCACAAGAAAGUUUACAGACUAGGGUCCUGAUCUUGAAAGCCCUUAAGUGCUUCUUUGAACUUUGUGUGCAUCAUCUCUGUGUUUUUAACGUUAGAGCUUUGGUGUGGAUUAUGUUAGAUUUUAGGGUGGAAAGUUCAUGUUGCCUGCCUUUUUUCUCCAUCAUACAAGCCAGUCCUUUUGUCUAGUUGUUCUAUACAUCUUCAUGGGAACUUGCCCUAGGAAAGACUGUAAGGUUUUGACUCUUAAGACCUGUUUAAUCAGUAAAGUAGGACAUUAGCAGUACAGUUCUAAGCAAAUUUAUACCCUUCUAAGUCUGUUGACAUCAUAGAAUCAUAGAGUUGGAAGGGACCUCUAGGGUCAUCUAGUCCAAUCAGUGGGCUUAAUCUAGGGAUGCCUAUCUUCCUGGCUACCAAGCUUGUUCUUUGCUGGUGCUUCAGGCACUGGUGGGAGGAAAUGCGAGGAGGAGUGUGCACCACCAUGCUUAGCUCACUUCCAGUAAAAACCAGAACUGCUAUAGUAGAUGCUCUAGCAUUUAACAAAUGCUCUAUGGUAAACCAUAUUGAUUUUGUAAAUACUAAAGCAUCUAAAGAUGCCACUUCUGGUGCAUGCUGAUGCUGGUGCACCAGAAUCCCCCCCCCCCAAUUUCUCCUGGGGGUUGCCAACUGUGGACUGGCAACGCUAGCUUAGAAGGCUGUACUGAACUGUUAAGUUCCCUGCUUUAUGGGUAAACUUGAGCCUUCACAGCAUUCUUCAGAUUGCAGUCUGAUCAUUCUGUUUUUAGAACCGUGUAUUAUGGGAAACUGCAAGGCCAUGAUGGUGUUGUAAUUGAGAAUCUGAUCACUAAUAGGAUUUGAUGGCAACAGAGAACAGUUUUCAUCAUUGCGGGAAAAAAUGAAAAGAUAUGACCUAAGAGAAACUGGAGGGCUUCCAGCAGCUAACUGCAGCUGAAGUCCUAACUUAGCACAAGGGACUUUCAACAGUUCACCCCAUUCAUGUUUCUUGACCCAACACAUCUUGUACCCUAUAAUGGCGUACACAUUUUCUUUAGUGCUUUUCAGAAGCUAGCACAGACAGAAAGGACUAUAAAUAUCCAGCUGAGUUGGGGAGUUUCCUGAAAGAAAGAAAAAAUGGAAAGGAAGAAGCUAAUUUAGCAUUUAAAAGCAAAACAAUGAGUCAUUUCAACAAUCUUAUUGACCUAAAAAACUGUUUCUCUCUCUCCUGUAAUACAUGCAUUGCAGAAUUUGGAAUUUUAUAGUGCAGAAUUCUGAGACACACUCACCUGCACUCACUGAUAGAUGGACAAACACCCAUCUACAAACACAGAUGAGACCUGUUAUUUUAAUGACUAGUUCCAGAGCUGUGUCAAGGUGCUGCAAUCAAUGCAUCAAAGAGGGUUGUUGUGUUUUAAGGCUAACUAAUUCAACAUGUCAGGUGUGGGCUCAAUGCAUCCUGGAAAUGGUCAGCUCAGUACAGAAGCUCUCUCCUGGUAGGUUACUCUACACUUUUCACCUUGCUAUAUCAGCUCAUGCUCUGUUGGAAAUGGGCCACUCUAAUUUUGAUUAGAUUGCUUGCUCUUUUGAUGGGAUCUUGUUUUCAUUUGUGUUCUGGACAUAACUCUUUAGGGCUGCAGGGCCUUUCUGCCUACCUUUGUAAUACACUACCCUUGUACCCUUUUCCCCAUGUUAUAUCCAUGUAUAUAUUUCUGCAAAGUAACUGAUGAUUGUACUUCAUGCAUUCAAAGAAGUGGCCUCUGACAUAGAAAAGCUUAUGCCACAAUACAUUUAUUAGUCUUAGAAUGCCACCUGGUUUAUUUUGAUGCACAUACUUAUAAUGCAGAUAGUACUUAACUGAUCUUUUCCCCUCACUUCCAUUCAGAGUAAUGUGAAGAGAAUUCCUAAAUCUGAAAAGGUCUAUUGUGUAUACAUUUGGGGUUGGUUUCUUGAGAAUCAGUUUUUAAUAGGUUUGUUCCAUAAUGGCUACAUUGAAGGGGCUUCCACCAAAUUGGAGUUCUGUAUUUGUGUUGUGCCUAAAUAAAUGAAUGUGAACAACAGCUGUUGAAUGAUAGCUCUCUAUAGCUAGGCAGGAGGGAAAGUAGUUUUCAAAAGGUUAUACUUUAGACUAUCAGGGUUUUUUGUUAUUGUUGCCCUGAAUGUAAUGCUUUUCAGUAAAUGCAUCUUGCUACAA